AUGAAGAAAAGUCCCGGUCUCUCUGACUAUCUUUGGGCCUGGACCCUCCUUCUCAGCACUCUGUCAGUAAGAAGCUAUGGACAGCCUUCCCAAGAUGAACUUAAAGACAAUACCACUGUCUUUACAAGGAUUUUGGAUCGACUCUUGGAUGGUUAUGAUAAUCGUUUGAGACCAGGAUUGGGAGAGCGUGUAACUGAAGUGAAGACUGACAUCUUUGUCACCAGUUUUGGACCUGUUUCGGACCAUGACAUGGAAUAUACAAUAGAUGUGUUUUUCCGUCAAAGCUGGAAGGAUGAAAGAUUAAAAUUCAAAGGGCCCAUGACAGUUCUUCGGUUAAACAACCUCAUGGCCAGUAAAAUCUGGACUCCAGAUACGUUUUUCCACAAUGGAAAGAAGUCUGUGGCCCACAAUAUGACCAUGCCUAACAAACUCCUGCGCAUCACAGAAGAUGGCACAUUGUUGUACACCAUGAGGCUGACGGUGAGAGCUGAAUGCCCAAUGCACUUGGAAGACUUCCCUAUGGAUGCCCAUGCCUGCCCGCUAAAAUUUGGAAGCUAUGCUUAUACAAGAGCAGAAGUUGUCUAUGAGUGGACCAGAGAGCCAGCUCGCUCAGUGGUAGUGGCAGAAGAUGGGUCACUCUUAAACCAGUAUGACCUUCUUGGACAAACAGUUGACUCUGGAAUUGUUCAGUCCAGUACAGGAGAAUAUGUGGUUAUGACUACUCAUUUCCACUUGAAGAGGAAAAUCGGCUACUUUGUUAUCCAAACUUAUCUGCCAUGCAUAAUGACAGUUAUUCUCUCACAAGUCUCCUUCUGGCUCAACAGAGAGUCAGUACCAGCGAGAACUGUCUUUGGCGUGACUACUGUUCUGACCAUGACAACCUUGAGUAUAAGUGCCAGAAAUUCCCUCCCGAAGGUGGCUUAUGCAACAGCUAUGGACUGGUUUAUUGCAGUGUGCUAUGCCUUUGUUUUCUCAGCUCUGAUUGAGUUUGCCACAGUAAACUAUUUCACCAAGAGAGGCUAUGCAUGGGAUGGCAAAAGCGUGGUUCCAGAAAAGCCAAAGAAAGUGAAGGAUCCUCUCAUUAAGAAAAACAACACAUAUGCUCCAACAGCCACCAGCUACACCCCUAACUUGGCCAGGGGUGAUCCUGGCUUGGCAACUAUUGCUAAAAGUGCGACCAUAGAACCAAAAGAAGUCAAGCCUGAGACAAAACCACCAGAACCCAAGAAAACUUUUAACAGUGUCAGCAAAAUCGACCGACUGUCAAGAAUAGCCUUCCCGCUGCUAUUUGGAAUCUUCAACUUAGUCUAUUGGGCCACAUAUUUAAACAGAGAGCCUCAGCUGAAAGCCCCCACACCACAUCAAUAG